AUGGCUACGAUCAAGUCCGCCGAGGAGAACAUCUCCUCUCCCGACACGGUCGGCAACACCUCUCCCGAUCAUGUCGCUCCACCAUCGCUCCACCAGAAGAAUAUCUUCGCAAGGAUCCGUCAUGACCCGUGGUUCCAGAUCAUCUUGAUUUCUUUCAUUGCGUUCUGUAAUCCGGGCAUGUACAAUGCCCUCACCGGCAUGGGCGGCUCGGGCCAGGUUGACAGCACCGUCUCGGCCAAUGCCAAUGUGGCCACCCACGCUGCUACCGCUGGCGCGGCUCUCGUGGUGGUCGGAACUCUAUACAAGUAUCUGGGCCCGCGUCUCUCGCUUCUCAUUGGUGGUUGGACCUAUGCUUUGUACGCAGGUGCCUUGCUGAACUCCAUUCGAGUGAAGAACGGUGGGCCCUUUGUGAUUGCCUCUGGUGCGCUGCUCGGUCUGGGGGCUGCCUUCUUCUGGGUCGCACAGGGCACUAUUAUGGUGACCUAUACCAAUGAUCAGACACGCGGCCGAGCUAUUGGUGUGUUCUGGGUGAUUUUCAACCUGGGCGGAACGAUUGGCUCGCUCGCCAGUUUUGGACUGAAUUACCACUCAAAGUCUGGCACUGUGACCGAUUCGACCUACAUUGCUUAUAUUGUCAUCAUGUUGUUUGGAUGGGCGCUGUCCGUCUUGGUCUGCUCGACAGAGAGUCUUUCCGAGAAAUACCACGGUCAUCGCAUUGCCCAAGAAUCGAAAGCGUUCAACUUUGGGAACUUGAAGUCGACCGUGAUUCAGGUUCUUCGCAUCGUUUUUGACUGGAGGAAUCUGUGUCUUUACCCGAUGUUCUAUAACGCGAACGUCUUCUAUUCCUAUCAGCAGAACAGCGUGAACGGUUUGACUUUCAACUUACGCACACGGUCCCUCAAUGGUGCACUUUACUGGAUUGCUCAAAUGGCCGGCGGCCUUCUGAUGGGGCUGAUUCUCGACCUCCACCACCUCAAUCGCCGGACGCGCGCUAUCACCGGAUGGGCAAUUCUUUUUGUCACUGGAAUGGUAAUCUGGGGCGGUGGAUAUCAGUUCCAGGUAUGGGAUGAUAAACGCCUUGCACUCGGUUUCAAACAGGAUAUCGACUACAACGAUGGCAGCAAAUUCCUUGGUCCCAUGUUCCUUUACUUCUUUUAUGGCGCCUACGAUUCUUUCUGGCAGGCAUUUUGCUACUGGAUUAUGGGUGCUCGGUCGCGCGAUCCAGUGGUCAAUGCCGUUGUCGUUGGAGCAUACUCUGCCUUGAAACCUGCUGGCGGAGCCAUGGCUUGGAGAAUCAAUGCAGAGAAGGUCAGCCCGAUGAAGCAGUUUGCUAUGAACUGGGGCCUCAGCAUCGGUAGUCUUCUGGUGGCAAUUCCAACUGUGAUGACAAUCAAGAAGUCAGAUAAAGAUUUGGAGGAUGAUAACUCGGUUGACAGGAUUGAAGAGCCCGAGAAAAAUUAA